AACAGAAUUAUUUUUAUUUUUGUAAUGUACUUUAAUGUGUAUAUUUUAUAUUUAUUUUUAAAGAUUUCAAAAGGGAACAAAUAACAUUAAAGGGAAAGAUUUUUGUACAUAAUUGUUUUACAAUUAUAACCAACAAACAUCAAAGUAUGUAAAAACUUAAUUUUGUAAUGAAAUAUACUGGAAUAUUUUACAUUACUUAAUAUUAAAUAGUAUUAAAUCAUCACUGUCAAUACAACAUUGGAUUCUUUCUCCCUUCAUACUGUGCAAUUUUAUUUCAGCAACUAUUUCUGUGAAACUCCCGCGUUCAUUAAAUAGUUACUACAAAGACAUUUCUCCACCUAUUUACUUUUGAAUCAUUCGUAAUGUGUUCGAAUAUUUGGUCUGUAUCGAAUAAUUACUAUUCAUUUUUUGUUUUUUACGAGUUACAUGUUAUCUAAAUUUUCAGAAUAAACAAAUCCUUUUGAGCAAUAUGUCAAUGAACGGAUGUUUAUAGAGAAAUUGGAUAGUUUAGAUAUUGACCAAUAGUAGGUACGCGAUUUCGGUUCGGUAUGUGAAGCAUGCCUAUUUGUAUAAAAUAUCAAUUCUGGUUUCUGCUAUAUGUCAAGUAUGUCAGUUGAUUAAUCCGUAUCUGAUGGUAAAGUUAUGUUUUUUUAAUUAGCCAAAGGAUUUACGAAUCAUUUAUGAUGAGAUGGCGAUAAAAUGAUUCAAAUUAAAGUUUUAGGCCAAAGAUGCUCUUAUAAUAAAAUAAUCAAUAAAAUUAUCGUGCACUCUGAAAGAUUUCGCGUAACAAGAACUACGAAAAGGUUUUUGAUUAAAUGAUAAAAGUGACUUUAAUUGAUCGAAGAUACAUUUUAAGAAGCAUGAAAUGCAUAAAAAAACACAUAAACGGAGCAUAUUAAAUUCAGUUACACAAAAAGUAAAAGCGACAGAAAACUUACCAAAAAUAAGGGAUUAUAAAGAUAAUGAGAAUGAAUCAAGUGACCACUUUCAACUGCCAAGCUUACAAAAGAAGAAAGCUUGGAAAGAUAUUGACGAUCGUGUGUCAAUAUGGAAUGAAAGUACUACAGCAACAUGUGUAUCUUACUCAUCAGAAUUGGAAGACAUUGCAACACGGAAAGUUAUACAGCAAUGGGAUGCUAUUGAAAAUACACUUUACGAAGAUGGUGAUCAAGUGACACAAACAGCUCUUUUGGAAGAAUGUAUUCAGUGGAGAACACAAAUACCACAUUUAAGAAUAGUUGGAAAGAAUUCAUUUCUAUUACCUACAGACAAACAGCAAGAUCCAGAAAAGAAUUAUAAUCAAAUAAAAGAUACUUUUGAUUCACUUGAUGAAGAUAUAUUUUCAGAACAUAAUUUUUCCACAAAGGAAAGAAGAAUUUCGUCAAAAUAUAGAUUGCAAAGCACACAGCAAGAUAAAGUCUUUGAUAUGCUUUUCGAAUAUGUAAUGUCUGAGUUAUUUCCAAAUAAGGAAAAUGGAAUUGAUUCAUUGGGCAAUGAAUUAAAUGAUGUUUUGCAAAUACGUAUGGCACCUGUUCACAGUAACAAAAGUUCUGCAAAAAGUACAAAGUUGAGCUGGUUUGAAGAAACCAUUCCUCUUGAAAAUAAAUUUCCAAAUAGUAGGAGUAGAGGAAUAGAAGCUGCUCAAACAAAGAUUGGAGAAACUCCAAAAAAAUAUGAUAAUCUUAAACAUAAUGAUAGAAUAAAAAGUGGACGAGAUACAAUGGGUGCCGUGGAAGAUAAACUUUUUAGGCCUCACACUAGUAGAAAUAAACUUGGAACUGUUUUUAAUGAAAAAAUUGUAGUUAGUCCUGUGCCUUAUAUUUUGUCAACUAGAGAAAGUUUUUCUACUAUCAAGACUACUCCGAUUAAGUUUAUGGGACAAACAUUAGAUGUUACUACAUUUCCUGGCUCAAGUAGAAAUAUUUCUUACUUCAAAAAUUCAGGGAAGAAUUCAACUGCGACAAAACUUCCAAAUUAUCAAUCUGCUUGGCAUGCAUCUGUUUCUCCUGCCAGGUGGCCGACAAAUAUAAGGCUUGCUCCAUUAGAUACUUCACGACUUCCCAAUACCAAGAAUAGAUCUCUGACAUCAUCGUCGGUAGUUUUACAACGCAACAGAAAACCCUUAAGUCCUAUUUCUCGUUCCACUCUACCUUACUCUGCACAAACUACUCAUAAUAAUAACGAAGCUUUAGAAAUUCAAGGAAGACAUAUAAUACCUGGACAAUCUCCUAAGCUAAGCAUGGAUAAUACUGGUUGGGAUUAUAAUGCUAGAAGUAGAAAUAGCAAAAAGAAAAGAGGGCAAUCAAUAACGAAAAUAUAAUGAAUAUGAAUCAAUUGUAUUAGUUGCAAAAACGAAUUUCAUAUUCGCAUAAAAUUAUUUUUAUCUUUAUAACUUGAACAGUUAUACUAUUUUAUAGAAGUAACAAGAAGAGAAGUGUAAGAUCAGGAUGUAAUUGAAACAGUUGAUUUAAAUUGGUUAGGGUAAAAAGUUCAGUUUUUUAUAUUAACAUAAGAGUUUUAUUUGUGUAUUCAAAAAAUACAAAUUUUGCAGUCUGUUUCUCAUUGAAAAAGCUAUUAUGAAUAAUACCAUGAAAGUACAGCCAUAGUUUCAAUAAUGGGGAGUAACAUUUUGUAUUAAAUAUAAAUACAUUGUUAUUGUUAAAUAAUCAUAAGAAACCUGGAUGUGUUGAAGUAUUAAAAUGUGUUCUAACUUUAAAUGUUUUACGAUAUAAACGGAGAUAAAUUUCGUACGCGGUUAAAAAUGGUACGAGCUAGUACUAAGUGUGCAAAUGUAUAUUUUGAAUACUCUUGUUGUUCGAUAGAUAAAUGUAUCGUUGUAACUGUCUCUACCUCACUCAAUAUCUAUGUGUUAUUUAAUUGAUGCACACGCUUACGUGCGCAGGUGAAUAUAUUUUUGUAAUGCACACAUUUGUAAAUAUAUGUAUUUAGUGUAAAUAUAAAAUAAUCUGUAUGUUAAAA